AGGGGGUGGCUGGGCAGAGCCUCCUCGCUGUCCCCACUCUCCCUCGGCGCUCAGCCGGGGCGCACGGACCAACGCACUGACGGACCCGCGCGCAGCCCGCGCUGUUGGGGGGCGCGGGCCCCGGGGCGUCGCCCGCCGGCUCCAGCCCUCCCCGCCCCGUCGCGUCCCGCCCCGUCGCGUCGGGGGCCCCAUGGCUCCUCCCGAGCCCCGCAGCCCGGGGGGCGCAGGGUAGAGCCCCGAGACCCGCCCGCCGCCGCCCCCGGGACUCCCGGGUUCUCCCGGAGCCCCGCGGGGGGUCCCCGCCGUCUCGUCGCGCGGGCUCCGGGGGGCGCGGGGGAGCGCCCUUGCCCCCUCCCCCACCACGACCCCCCACACCCCCCCGAGCGUGGAGACAAGAUGCUGCCCUGGCUCCGACGCCUGCUGCAAGGUCCAGCCUCCGCCUGCCUCCUGCUGCUGCUGCUGGCGCUGCCGCCCGCCGCCCCCAGCUGCCCCAUGCUCUGCACCUGCUACUCGUCCCCGCCCACCGUGAGCUGCCAGGCCAACAACUUCUCGUCGGUGCCUCUGUCCCUGCCGCCCGGCACGCAGCGCCUCUUCCUGCAGAACAACCUCAUCCGCACGCUGCGGCCCGGCACCUUCGGGCCCCACCUGCUCACCCUGUGGCUCUUCUCCAACAACCUCUCCACCAUCUACCCGGGCACCUUCCGCCGCCUGCAGGCGCUCGAGGAGCUGGACCUGGGCGACAACCGGCACCUGCGCUCGCUGGAGCCCGACACCUUCCAGGGCCUGGAGCGGCUGCAGUCGCUGCACCUGUACCGCUGCCAGCUCAGCAGCCUGCCCGGCCACAUCUUCCGCGGCCUGGUCAGCCUGCAGUACCUCUACCUCCAGGACAACAGCCUGCUGCACCUCCAGGAUGACCUGUUCGCGGACCUGGCCAACCUGAGCCACCUCUUCCUGCACGGGAACCGCCUGCGGCUGCUCACGGAGCACGUGUUCCGCGGCCUGGGCAACCUGGACCGCCUGCUGCUGCACGGGAACCGGCUGCAGGGCGUGCACCGCGCGGCCUUCCGGGGCCUGGGCCGCCUCACCAUCCUCUACCUGUUCAACAACAGCCUGGCCUCGCUGCCCGGGGAGGCGCUGGCCGACCUGCCGGCGCUCGAGUUCCUGCGGCUCAACGCCAACCCCUGGGCGUGCGACUGCCGCGCGCGGCCGCUCUGGGCCUGGUUCCAGCGCGCGCGCGUGUCCAGCUCCGACGUGACGUGCGCCAGCCCGCCCGAGCGCCAGGGCCGCGACCUGCGCGCGCUCAGCGACGCCGACUUCCAGGCCUGCCCGCCCGCCGUGCCCACCAGGCCGGGCAGCCGCCCGCGCGGCAACAGCUCGUCCAACCACCUGUACGGGGUGGCCGAGGCGGGCGCGCCCCCCGCCGACCCGUCCACGCUCUACCGAGACCUGCCCGCCGAGGACCCGCGGGGGCGCCAGGGCGGGGACGCGCCCACCGAGGACGACUACUGGGGGGGCUACGGGGGCGAGGACCGGCGGGGCGAGCAGACGUGCCCCGGCGCCGCCUGCCGGGCGCCCGCCGACUCCCGCGGGCCCGCGCUGGCGGCCGGGCUCCCCAGCCCUCUGCUUUGCCUCCUGCUCCUGGCGCCCCACCACCUCUGACUGCGGUGCUGAGACUGAAGAGGCCGGUGUGCCCUACCCCCCCCCCAAAAAAAAAAACCUCUUGCCGCCCACCUUCCUGCGGCCCCAAUCCUCCCUCUGCGGCUCGGACCCAGCGCCAGUCCAGAACGCCCCCUCCGGGAGGGCCAGGCCCCUUCUCCCCGCCUCCUGGGCUACUACUGGUUUCUGCCUCAGUCCGGUUUGCCACCACUGUGGCCGUUAGUCCUUUCCCACCCCAAGGCCGGGGUGCCCCCCUGCCCCCCUGCCCCCGAAGCCCCCCCACCCCCGCAGUGGACUCAGAGGGGCUUUUCAUCUGCAAAGCAACUUCCACCAGCAGAGCCUUUGGGAGCUCCGGGGACGGUCCCACGCUCCCCCCCCCGAGCCGUUUGGAGAGAAAUCCUCCACGGGGCCAGGCGAACCCUAGGUCCCUGCUUAGCACCCCCUCAGCCUCCCGACACUGGAGGAAUACUUUUCUCCGAAGUCUACUCUGGACACUUUUUAGGGUGCCUGGAGAGAGCUUUCCUCUCCACCGUGGCCCCUGUGUAGUGAAGAUCAACAGGAGUUGUUUGGGAAAAAAAAAUUUAUUAAAAAAUUCUAUUAUUUUA